CUUAAAAAAUAAAUUUACUGUCCAUGAUUGUAUCCUAGACAUUCUCGAACUUAAAAUACGUUGCAAUUAGUUAUCCCAUUAACAGCUUGUGGAUUUGACAUGGGGUAUUAUUCUUAUCAUUCAUUUAUUGGUUUAUACACACCUGGAUGGAAACUCAUGCCAAUGUGUGUAUCAUUCCUGUUUCUAGUAAAGAAAGUUUUGAUGUCUUACUGGUUUUGCUACCUAUACAGGUAUGCAGAUGCUGCAACUUUUCUUUUAAGAUUGGCCUUAGCAGCUGAUAAAUGCAAUGCUACCCAUAGCCAAUGCAAGGCUUAUCUCAGUGCCAUCAUUGUGCAUCUUUAUGCUCACGACUUCCAGCAAGCAGAGAAGUGUUACAACGAUUGUUGUCAGGUUGAAGCUUUCUUGAACAGCGAUCAAAACCGUGCCGCCAGUAGACUCCUUUCUGCAUACACUGAAGGUGAUGUUGAAGAAAUCAAACGUGCUGCUCAAUCAAGCAUUGUCUCCAAUCUUGAUCACGUGAUCGUCAAGCUUGCAAGGAAGCUUCCUACAGGUGAUGUCAGUGCAUUUAAGAUGGACACAAAGGAUCAAGAAGAACCCUUGGAUGAAGAUGAUCUUACCUAAACCUACAUCUAAGUCGAUUUAUCUUAAAAGUACCAACGGGAUUAUGUCUACAUAUUGUAGAGUGAUGCAACAUUAUAUGAAUUUUUACUGGAUGAAGAUGUCUUUGGUAUAUUUCCCAAGAAAGAAAAUAUUGGUUGUGUACUAUUGGUAUUUCUGUGAAUUACUACUGAGUUUUCCUGAUAUCUUUAUUAUUCUGUGACAUAGCAGCAAUCAGAUGAAACAAAUUCAGAUUC